GAAGGUCAAAAGCCCCGGGUCUCGAUCGUAUGAUGCCGAUAGAAACGAUGCUGACGACGAGGCGGGCAGUGGGCCUCAUGAAUCGACGACAUUCCGAAUGGAAUUUUGCACUCAUGGCAUGGCGGCCGAUUUGGGGUCUGAGCCCGGCCCUGUAAAAAUCCUCAGGUGCUGUAAAAACAUGCCAUGGGAAAAGCUGGACUCACGGCGCGAAGGACAAGCCGAGAGAGAGAGAGAGAGAGAGAGAGAGAGAGGUGAGAAUCGCCAAUUACCCAGCCCGUCGCUGCUGCAGCAGCUGCUGAGACUCAGAAGUUUGGAAAGGGGGUCAAACAAGUCGGAAAGCAAGCAUGCACGCACGAACGGGAGGGAGGAAGGAAGGAAGACUGCGCAGACACAGAGAGAACAUCCGAGCCCGCAGCUGCUGCUGAAGGUCGACGAUGGAGGUGAGGUCAUCCUCGACAUCUCACGCGCGCCCUCGGAGCGAUGCCUCGCAUGUCAGCCGGAACCUCAGCUUUUCCAUACGACAGAGUCAAACAAAGAGACGAGCUGAAGUGCAAUGGGACGGAACAUCGGACACCUGGAAGCGGGUGACAAUAUUGCAGUAGCAGCAGCUCGCACGCACAAUUGCGAGGAAGCAAGCAAGCGCGCAGCUCAGAGUCCGGAGUGAGGCGGGGCCGAGGUGAAGGAACUUGUGAAGAUGAGGUGCUCAGAGCCACAUGUAUAAAUAAGCCGAUGGACGUGACAGUAGGGCCAAGCGAUGGGCAAACCAUACGAUUAUGAGUACUAGUGAAGAAGCAGUCGACGCCCGUGGGGAUCAUGAUCAUGAUCAUAGUCUCUCUCGGACAUGAGUGUGCUUACAGGGAGGGAGGGAGGGAGAUGGAACGUGUCCAGGCGGUGAGGGGGCAAGUGGAAGAACGCAGGGCAACUCGAGCUCCGAGCCAUUCUCGAGGCCGGGGUGGGGGCGGGGUGGGGGCGGGGCGGGGCAGGGCAGGGCAGGGCGGCGAGGGUCAACAACCAUCCAUCCACCAGUGCGAGCAUGCAUGCGCAUCCGGAUGCGCGACCAGAAGAAGCCUGAAAACGCUGGCCGCACGAGCCCGAGCCCGAGCUGGAGCCCGAGCUGCCAGCAGCGACGACGAGAGGCGGUUAUGGUGGUAUUCGGUUCGAGGGGCAUGGAAAUUUAUUCACAUUGCGCCGAUGAAAACAUCUGCCCAAAAGGGCCCGGAUCUUCAGUAUGUUUUCUCGAGAUGUGCUUCAAAAGGCAUUAGGGUAGAAGCCAAAGCUGGUACCUCUGAAAGGCAACAGGACCGGUGGCCUGUAAGAGUCAGUAGAAGAUAACCUUGACGCUAAAGGAGCCAACUCUAAAGCUGAUAUAAUUGAGAGCGGAACAAGGCUGUCAGUGAGUGCUUCAGGCGUAGAUGACUUUGAAUCCAAGUAAAAAGGUGCUGGAGCUGGAGCAGCAGCAGGAGGAGGAGGAGUAGUCGAUGGGGGACAUAUCUGGCAGCUGAGAGGGGGUCACAGAAAGCAUCAGCGGGGAUGGCAAAUUGGCCCGGACCUGCUGGGCUUGAGCGACAUCGAGAUCUGGCAGGGGACCGGGCGUUCGACUGAUGAUUGCUCAGGACUGAGAUCCGAGUCUGGCAUCGACUAGUCACGAACGAAUCAAUCAUGAUCCGAUGUAGCUCUCGCGUAGAGGAAAUACGUGAUAGGGUCAUCGAUAGCGUACAUGCUGCUAGCUACCAUUGACCAUCUACUGCGCCGGUAUGUCCUGUUCCAUACCAGGGAGAGUAAACUUUGAUUUCUUGCUUGGCUCCGAAAUAUUUUGUUCGGAGUAGGCACGACCUCAAGGCGUCCACUACUUGCAGAAAAUCGGGUAUAUCUGGGGCAAUGUGUUUCUUGUACACUUCAAAAGCAGCAACGAAAGCGCUGAUGAUUCUUC